ACGUGGAUCUUCCCCAACUAAUUUAUUUAAGGAAUCAACUGUGGACAGAAAUUUACAAUUUAAUAUCAACUCUGAUAGAAUAUAGCGGUGAAACGAAAGGUUGUUUAUCGAGUAGGUCAUUAGAAGUUCUGUCAGUUUUCUGCGACACUUUAUCAGAAUUGGGAAUCCAACAGUUUUUGGAAGCUUUAUGUGAAUCUAUAAGUUGUUUAGGAUCACAUGAUCUUCAGACUUCAGCAUUGAAUGCUUUGACAUGUCUUUUACGAAUCGAGUCACACAGACUUUUUGAGAAGGGAAGAAUAUCCAUGGAAAAAUUUUCUCUACAAAUUUUGUUGGAUUCGGUGAGGUCCUCAAGAAGUAUAGUGAUGUCUGAUAGCAGAGAGACUGUUGGUCGCUCAAAAAACAACAAAUAUCAAAAUCCUCGUAAAGAUUUCGAUAAAUAUAAGAUGAGUUUACUUGAAGAGGCGUAUUUCGGAAAAGUUUUCUCGGUCAAGAACGAAGAAGAAGUACACGAAGAAAUCGAAAUCAGCAUCAUCGAGGACUGUGACAGCGCUUUGAUGUCUGGCGCGGAAAUUUGCAAAAUACUGCUGUACCUAUAUGACAUUUGCGAUCUUAAAGUCUGCGAUGAUUCUUUCAACAAAAAGAAACCCAUCGUGAUAUCAGCGCUUUCGGGGUUAUUGUGUAUCUCGAAAGAAGCGAAACGUUUCGCCUCGGGAAAGGGUCUGGUACUCCUGAUCGUGAAACAACUCAGAGACUGCCAUAUAAGACUCAGUUUGGAAUCUGUAGAGUGUUUAAGAAGAGUCGCGGACAAAAGGCGGGUGUGUCCUCUGUUGAAAGAAGCUAACGAUUUGAUUGGGUUGCUCACGAAUUUCAUGUUGAACGACGAGUCUGUUAAAACUGAGGCGGCCACCCUGAACUUGGCUGACAUCAUUCAUAAAUUAUGGACGUGGUUUUUAGUACAGAAUGUUUACUUGGUUGACGUACUGAAGAUGAUUUGUGUUUAUACCACAGGCUGCAAUUUGGCAUGCCAAACACUACCUCUGACUAGUCCUGUCGCUGGCUCUGGCCCUAGAAAGUGUCCGGGAACUGUUUCUUUGUUAAACGCUAUCGUUACUCUCAUAAACAAAGAGAUGGAGCAAAUAAGCCGCACUCAUGACCUGGCUCUUUUACAAAUUGCUUUCAAUAUUCUGAAUAACGUUUGCCAUACUUUGGAGUGCAGGAUUUUAAUAUCAAAGAGUACUCUUUUCCAAAGCAUUUCUCGCUUGCAUCCCGCCAUAACGAAACGCCAGAAGCCUUGGGAGAGCAUAGAACUGAUUUGGCUCGAGUUUUUGCAAACGUUCACAACCCAUCCCGAAGGACAGGCAUCAGUAACAAAAAUAACUGACGUGCUUGAACUAGUAAUGACCUUGACCACAAGCUCCAGGACACAGAAUCGACAGAUGGCCAUGUCGGUGUUGAGAAAUAUAUCAUUCUAUCAGCCUAAUAAAGCGAGACUAUUGAGUUCAGGAGACUUCCUGAAUAUUCUACAAAAUAAACUAACUAGUGGAUCUAAUGAAGAAAAAAAUAUUACUGUGGUCAUAAUUUGGGCCCUUUCAGCCAAUAGUCAAAAAGCUAAAAUUAUUUUAAGAUCACUGCAUUUGGAUGAUAAGCUCGAGAAUAUAGUGAAGCACUGCCAGUUGCUUGGUGCUGGAGAUUUUGGAUGGAAGAUCUAUAUAGCAUAG